AAAAUUUAAGCGGUCGAGCGCUGCGCCUGUUGUUGUGUGUGUGUCAUUGGGAGCUGCAGCGCAGCGUUCUCGAUACGGUUGAGAAUUUAAAAAAAUUAGUUGCAUACGGUGAAUUAAAAAUGUCUUUUUCAAGAGCCCCAGUGAAACGGUUCAACGAGAACGUAGGUUGUGCUCCUCCACCGGGGACUUAUGAGGUCAAACCGGGGGACCUGAAGGGGGCAGCUUCCUUCGACAAAUCCGAUCGAUUCAGACUCGUUAAGGCUGCCGAUCUGCCAGCACCGUCGCCCUCCAGAAGUGCCCUAAUGUCACCCGUCCGCAGGACGAUGUCGGUUGAUGGUCUUGUUGAAGGUUCAAGUGUAAAGAAGGAGAAGAAUGCCGUGACUAUGGAGAAGAAGAGGCAGACACUCUUAGAGAGAGAGAUAAGGUCGCUGGUUCAGCAGCGAGGGGAGCAGGACCGCCGCUUGUUGGCUCUGGAAGAGGAUCUGAAGAAGGUGGAGGCCAAGUUGCUGGCUGCAGUCAGGGAGAAGACAGGUUUUUCUGCUAAUGUCACCACCCUCGACAGACAGCUCGUAGAGCUCAUGAAAGUCAACAAAUUCCUAAAAAACAAGGUUUCUGCUGACACUACGAAAAAGAGAAUACAUUCUCUCACAAUGGACUUGAUGGAGGCCAGGAACACUUUGGAUUUUAAAAACAAGGAGUUAAAUGUCCUGCAGAUUAACACUGAAGGCCAAGCAAAAUUGCUAGAUUCUGACCUGCAAGCUGCCAGGGCUACUGUCACUGCUCUGAAGGACAGGAGUAAAGACUUGGAGGACCUUCAUCAUGUCACCAAAACUCUGAACAAAGAGCUGGAGAAUGAGAAUGCCAGAUUGCAUGCUGUUAUACAGGAGCUGAGGGAGGAGAUCAAAGUUCUGCAGCAAUACCUGGAUGCAGCCAAUGAUCAGAUCCAGGAUCUCCGUUUGAAUCUUCGAGAGAAGACCCAGGAGAACACUGUUGCUGGUUCUCAGGUGGAGAAAGUGAAGCAACUAGAGACUGACCUGGACCAGCGCACCACUGAGCUAGAAACCAUCCAAGAUGUGUUGAGGCAAAAAGAGGAGGAGGCACAGAAAUUCCAGCAAGUGCUGCAGGUGUCGAAGGAUGAUUUAGUGGAGGUGGAGACGAGGUUGGAGAACCAAGAGCUGGAGCUUAAAUCUUCACAAAGGUCAGUGAGUGACAUGGAGGCGCAAAUAGAGCUGGCCAACCAAAAGGUGCAGGAUUCUCAAGCAACAGUUCGACAGCAGGAGGCAGAGCUCACUAGACUGAGAGAGGUGCUCAGAAGGACAGAGAAGGAGCUGGAUGAGAGAGUGGCACAUCUUGAGCAAAGGUGUCUGUUCUCUGAGGAAGAGAGAAGCAAGACUCAGGAGGAAGGAAUGAGGAGAGUGGAGGAAUUGAAAACAGAGCUCCUCUUGAUAAAGGAAGCUAAAAAAGAUGAGAAAAAUACCCAGAUUCAGCUCCAGCAAGAACAUGCUGCUCUUACUGAAGAGCUGACAAAAGAAAAGGUACUUGUGGACUCCUUGUCUGUGCUGGUGGAGCAGGAGAGGGAGGAGGCAGAGGAGCGGCUGAGACAGCUAAAGGAGGAGUUGGAGGAGGUGCUGGGGGAGCUCGCUGUCUUGGAGGACCUGGACCAGAGGAGGCAGGAGGUGGCGGAGAGGAGUCAGGAGUCCCUCCAGAGGCUGCAGGAGGACUACAACGAGCUGGAGCGCCAGCUGAGUGACACCAGGGCACUGUUGGAGAGUAAGAGCAAUGACGUGGCCGCUUUGAAAGAGGAGCACUCAUCAGCCAUGACGGGGCUCCAAGAGGCGCACACAAACUCACUGAGCAAGAUGGGAGACAUUGUCACAGAGCUGAAAAGUGCCAGAGAGGCACUGCAGGGAGCGGAGGGGAGACAGAAAGAACUGGAAGCGGAGAUGGACAGUGUGAUGCAACAGUUGAAGGAGGAGAUGGACAGAAUGGUUCAACAGAAAGAGGAGGAGGCCAACAGAGUGAAGGAGGGCUUAGAGGAGCACCAGGAGAGGCAGUUAGCUGAGGCAAAAGCCAGGGAGGAGAAUUCAAGAAAGUUGCUGGCGGUGCAGAGUCGCCUUGCACAAAAAGAUGAGGAGAUAAAGGCCAUGGGAACGAGCCACGCUGCCCUGAUCAAUCAGCUCCAGCAGGAGCUAGAGCUGCAGACAAAAGAGACAGAAGACGCACUGGGGCAACUAGAGGAACACAGAAGCUUGCUCCAAAAUGAGAAGGAUAAAGCCCAGACACUGCAAGAGGAGGUCAACCAGGAAAAAGGGGAAAUAAUGGAACAGCUCCAACAUGAAAGAGAAGAGAAAGUUAAAGUUCAGACAGCCCUUCAGGAGGAAAGGAGUGCAUUGGAGAGUGAAGUAGAAGACCUCCAGCAGGUCAGGUCAGAGGUGCUCGCACUACAGAUCGAGCUCAAGAGAGUAGACGAGGAAAGGAAGAGUCUUCUGUCUCAAGUAGAACUCAUAGACCAGUCCAGGCUUGCUCUUGAAAAUCAACUAAACAUGGCAGAGCAGGACAGAAAUCAGCCUUGCCUGGAUGAGGUUGAACAAGGGGGUUUGAUCUUCCAGGCCCAAUUAGACCUCAUGGAGGAGAAGACUCAGACUCUGCACCGCGAGUUGGAAGGACUAAGACGAGAUGGACGGGCUCUGCAGGAGCAGGUAGAAGUACUAACUCAGGAAAAGGUUACGCUGCGGUGGGAGAUGGAGGAGCAGCGGCAGGAACUUCAAAGGCAAAUCAAUGAAGCACAGGAGAAAAGCUCCCAAAUUUCCGAGACUGAGCACUGGAGGAAACAAUAUGAGGAGCUGUUUGCGAAAGUCCGGCCCUUCCAGGAACAGCUGAAUGCAUUUGCAGCCGAGCGAAACGCACUACUCAAUGAAAAUGGAGUAAACCAGGAGGAGUUGAACAAGUUGUCUGACGCCUACGCUCGUCUGCUGGGCCACCAGAACCAGAAGCAGAAGAUCAAACAUGUGAUGAAGCUGAAAGAAGAGAAUGUCACCCUAAAACAGGAGCUGUUUAAGCUUCGGUCCCAGGUGAGCCGGCAGAAGAGUGAUCUGGAGCAGCUGCAGUCGAAGCUCCCUGGUCGUCCUCAUCGGAGCUUUGAUCCCAGCAAAGCUUUCCAUCACGACAAGGAGAACAGGCGAAGUGAAACCCUGAAAGAAGGAAAUCAUUAUGCAUAAAGGAGCUCUUCUGCCAGACAAGAACUGGAAGCUAAAUGAAAUGUCUAAUGGUUUGGUCUUGUUAAUACUUAUCAACCUCAUCUGUGUCAAUUUUGUUAACUGGCUUCGUACUUGUUGCUGUUUUACAGCCUAUUGUGUCAAAUUGUUACAUAGAGAGCGAGGAUGUAUGUAUCUGUUUAGAUUUUUAAAAAGAACUGUUAGAAGCCGAUUGUAUUUGUGCAGGAGCAGUGUUUUAAAAUAAUGAGGAAAUGGAUGUCUACACACAAUCCUGAGAACAAUAGCAUAGUCCGCAUUAGAAUAGGAGAUACUUUUAGCAAUUCUUAUCGCAGAGCCAGCGACUUCUUUCUAAAUCUUUCUUCUUUGUAAAUAAAGACAGAUUUUAAUCCA